UCAGUGGAGAUUUGGUUUAUAAAUUGGCCGGGCUAUAUGGAGUCUCCGGUGCCGGAGUCAAUUUUUCUGGAAGACUUUGGCCAGACGGUUGACCUGACCCGUCGUAUCCGAGAGGUUCUCCUGAAUUAUCCGGAGGGAACGACGGUGUUGAAGGAGCUGAUACAGAACGCAGAUGACGCUGGUGCCACCAGGGUGAGCCUUUGUCUCGACCGCAGGUCCCAUGGCUGCCAGUCCCUAUUAUCGGAUUCAUUAUCACAGUGGCAAGGCCCGGCACUUUUGGCCUAUAACAAUUCAGCUUUCACGGAGGAGGAUUUUAUUAGUAUCUCCAGGAUUGGAGGGAGUAGUAAGCAUGGACAGGCGUGGAAGACCGGUCGGUUUGGGGUAGGCUUCAACUCCGUCUACCACUUGACGGAUCUUCCCUCCUUUGUGAGUGGCAAGUAUGUUGUAUUAUUUGAUCCUCAGGGUGUAUAUCUUCCAAGAGUGUCUGCGGCAAAUCCUGGGAAGCGGAUUGACUUCACUAGUUCAUCUGCUCUCUCUUUCUACAAGGACCAGUUUUUUCCAUAUUGUGCUUUUGGUUGUGACAUGGAAAGUCCUUUUGCUGGAACUUUAUUCCGAUUCCCUUUGAGGAGUGUGGAUCAAGCUGCUGGAAGUAAGCUCUCAAGGCAAGCAUAUUCACCAGAUGACGUUUCCUCCAUGUUUCAUCAACUCUUUGAAGAAGGAGUUUUGACACUACUCUUUCUCAAGAGUGUACUGUGCAUUGAAAUGUACGUGUGGGAUUCUGGAGAAACUGAGCCAAAGAGACUUUAUUCAUGCUCUGUUUCUCCAGCAACAGAUGAUACGGUUUGGCACCGGCAGGCACUACUUAGAUUGUCGAAGUGUCUAAAUAAUACUAGUGAAGUGGAUGCAUUCUCAUUGGACUUCUUAAGUGAGGCAGUGCGUGGAAUUGAAACUGACAGGAGGACAGAGAAAUUUUACGUGGUGCAAACUAUGGCCUCAGCUUCUAGCAGGAUUAGGUCUUUUGCUGCUACUGCAUCUAAAGAAUAUGACAUUCACUUGCUGCCAUGGGCAUCAGUUGCAGCAUGCAUAUCUGAUAAUUCACUUUCUCUGAAUAGUGAUGUUCUUAGGAAUGGUCGGGCAUUCUGUUUUCUUCCGUUGCCUGUUCGAACUGGACUAAAUGUGCAAGUCAAUGGAUUCUUUGAGGUCUCAUCAAAUCGUCGUGGAAUCUGGUAUGGGGCUGACAUGGACCGAAGUGGAAAAGUUCGUUCUAUCUGGAAUAGGCUUCUUUUGGAAGAUGUUGUUGCUCCUUCAUUUAUGCAUAUGCUUCUUCAUGUCAAAGACCUGCUAGGGCCAACAGACUCUUACUAUUCGUUGUGGCCUAUUGGUUCUUUUGAAGAGCCAUGGAACAUUUUGGUUCAACAAAUAUACAGAAAUAUAAGUAAUGCUCCAGUUCUAUAUUCAAAUCUUGAAGGGGGAAAAUGGGUAUCACCAGGCAAAGCCUUUCUACAUGAUCAGAAAUUCUCCAAAACCAAGGACCUUGGUUUGGCUUUGAUCCAACUGGGAAUGCCAGUCGUUCAUUUGCCUAAUCCUUUGUUUGAAACCCUUUUAAAAUAUGAUUCCAGCAAGGUGGUUACUCCAGGUACAGUACGCCAGUUUAUAAGAGAAUGCAACGCUUAUGUAAAUUUGAGCAAACCUUUCAAGGUUGUAAUGUUGGAAUAUUGCUUGGAGGAUUUGGUUGAUGAUGAUGUUGGGAUGGAGGCAUACAAUUUGCCUUUACUUCCUUUGGCAAAUGGUGAAUUUGGCUUAUUUUUGGAAGCUUCAAAAGGAAUUUCUUAUUUCAUUUGUGAUGAAUUAGAAUACAUGCUGUUGCAGCCUGUUUCUGGUCGAGUAAUUGAUCAAAGCAUUCCGUCCAACAUAUUGAGCAGACUUUCUGCUAUUGCCAAGUCUUCUAAGACCAACCUUACAGUUUUCAACAUUCGCCAUUUCGUUGAAUUAUUUCCUGCAUUCAUGCCAUGUGACUGGAAGUUUAAAAAGAAAGUGCACUGGGACCCAGAAUCCUCUCAAAAGCCAUCAUUAUCAUGGUUUAUGCUGUUCUGGCAGUAUCUAAGAAACCAGAGUGAAACUCUGUCACUAUUUAGUGAUUGGCCCAUUUUACCUUCUACAUCUGGAGAUUUAUUAAGACCUUCCAGACAAUUGAAACUGAUCAAAGGAGACAAUUUCUCUAAUUCACUAAAGGAUAUUCUCGUGAAAAUUGGAUGCAAUAUAUUGAACCCCAGCUAUGUGGUUGAACAUCCAGAUUUAUGUAAUUAUGUAUAUGAUGGUAAUGCAGCAGGUGUUUUGGAAUCAAUUUUUAAUACAUUUUCUGGUGCUGGUAUUCUGCAAACUUUUCUUGGCAAUCUAACAGCUGAGGAACGAAAUGUGCUCCGUGAGUUUCUUCUUGAUCCUAAAUGGUAUGUUGGGUGCUCUAUGGAUGAACUUAUCUUAACUUAUUGCAGGAAAUUACCUAUAUAUCAAGUCUAUGGUGGGGAGUCUGCUCAAGGUUCCCACUUCUCUGACUUAGAAAAUCCUCGAAAGUACUUGCCACCUUUGGAUGUGCCUGAGUUUAUUUUUGGCAAGGAGUUCAUUGUUAGAUCUUCAAAUAUUGAAGAGGAUAUUCUGUCAAGAUAUUAUGGAGUUGAGAGAAUGGGGAAAGCACAGUUCUGCAAGCUAUACAUUUUUAACAGAGUUGGGGAGUUGCAGUCUGAGGUUCGGGACAACAUUAUGUUAUCUGUUUUACAAAAUUUGCCACUUUUGUCCCUUGAAGACAUAACUAUUCGGGACUUAUUGAGAAAUCUGGAAUUUAUUCCCACCCUUCACGGUGCUCUCAAAUGCCCUUCGGUUUUAUAUGAUCCCAGUAAUGAAGAGUUAUUUGCAUUAUUGGAAAAUUCAGAUUGUUUCCCUUCAGGUCCUUUCCAGAAAUCUGAGAUUCUUGAUAUUCUGCGAGGUCUUGGUCUCAGAACUUCUGUCUUUCCUGAUACUGUCAUAGAAAGUGCUCGAAAUAUAGAGCACCUAAUGCAUGAGGAUCAACAAAGGGCAUAUUCAAGAGGCAAAGUGCUACUCUCUUACUUAGAAGUUAACGCACUGAAGUGGCUUCCUGAUCAAGUUGUUGAUAAUAAACGAACAGUGAACCGAAUAUUAUCUCGAGCAGCAACUGCAUUUAGGUCUCGCAACACAAAAUCUGACCUUGAAAAAUUUUGGAAUGACCUUCGGAUGAUUUCUUGGUGCCCAGUCUUAAUUUCUGCUCCAUUUCAGUCACUACCAUGGCCAGCGGCAUCAUCAAUGGUUGCUCCUCCAAAGCUUGUAAGGCCACAGACAGAUUUAUGGCUAGUCUCAGCUAGCAUGCGGAUAUUGGAUGGAGAAUGCUCUUCCACAGCUUUAUCACAUAGCUUGGGCUGGAUGUCUCCACCUGGGGGGAGUGUAAUUGCUGCUCAAUUACUUGAGCUCGGAAAAAAUAAUGAAAUUGUGACUGAUCAGGUUCUUCGGCAGGAGUUAGCCAUUGUGAUGCCAAGGAUAUACUCAAUACUGACAGGCUUGAUUGGUUCAGAUGAGAUUGACAUUGUUAAAGCUGUUCUUGAAGGUUGUCGGUGGAUUUGGGUGGGGGAUGGAUUUGCAACCUCUGAUGAGGUUGUCCUUGAUGGUCCGCUUCAUUUGGCUCCUUAUAUACGUGUCAUUCCAGUUGAUUUGGCAGUUUUCAAAGAUCUGUUUCUAGAACUUGGUAUCCGUGAAUUCUUGAAACCUUCUGAUUAUGCUGAUAUUCUUUGUAGAAUGGCAGCUCGGAAAGGUCCCUCUGCUCUUGAUGUGCAGGAAAUUAGGGCUGUUACGCUAAUAGUGCAUCAUAUGGCUGAAGUGAACCUCUAUGAACCAAAAGUUCAGAUCUAUCUGCCUGAUGUCUCAGGGAGAUUAUUUCUUGCUGGAGACUUGGUUUACAAUGAUGCGCCUUGGUUACUUGGCCCUGAAGAUCCUGAUGGCUCGUUUGGUAAUGCAUCAACUGCAGCCUGGAAUGCUAAGAAAACAGUUCAAAAAUUUGUGCAUGGUAACAUUUCCAAUGAUGUUGCAGAAAGGCUUGGUGUCUGUUCUCUUCGCAGGACCUUGUUAGCUGAGAGUGCAGAUUCAGUAAACUUAGGUCUGUCUGGUGCUGCUGAGGCUUUUGGACAGCAUGAGGCUUUGACGACGAGGCUGAAGCAUAUACUUGAAAUGUAUGCUGAUGGACCUGGUACUCUAUUUGAGCUGGUCCAAAAUGCAGAAGAUGCAGGUGCUUCAGAGGUAAUACUUCUAUUAGAUAAAUCUCAAUAUGGGACUUCCUCUGUUCUUUCUCCUGAAAUGGCUGAUUGGCAAGGCCCCGCAUUAUACUGUUUCAAUGACUCAGUUUUCAGUCCUCAAGAUCUUUAUGCAAUUUCACGUAUUGGUCAAGAAAGUAAACUUGAGAAGCCUUUUGCUAUUGGUAGAUUUGGGCUGGGAUUUAAUUGUGUCUAUCACUUUACGGAUGUUCCCAUGUUUGUGUCUGGAGAAAAUGUUGUAAUGUUUGAUCCUCAUGCUAAUAAUUUGCCCGGGAUAUCUCCUUCUCACCCUGGCUUGCGAAUUAAGUUUGUGGGAAGACAGAUUUUGGAGCAAUUUCCUGAUCAAUUCUCUUCAUUACUUCAUUUUGGGUGUGACUUGCAACACUCUUUUCCUGGUACGCUAUUCCGGUUCCCGCUGAGAACUGCAUCUGUUGCCUCCCGGAGCCAAAUCAAGAAAGAAGUAUAUGCACCGGAAGAUGUUGUAUCUCUUUUUGCUGCUUUUUCAGAGGUUGUUUCUGAAACACUCCUCUUCCUGCACAAUGUGAAAAGCAUCUCUAUUUUUGUGAAAGAAGGAAUAGGACAUGAAAUGCACCUUCUACAUCAUGUACGCAGGACUUGUAUUGGUGAGCCUAAUAUUGGAUCGACUGCAUCCCAAGAAAUGUUCAACUUAUUUAAUAAAAAUCAACAAGUAGGAUUGAAUAGAGAUCAGUUUCUGAAGAAACUAAACAAAUCUAUUGACAGAGAUUUGCCUUAUAAAUGCCAGAAGAUUUUGAUAUCAGAGAAAGGCACAACUGGUAGUAAUUUACACUGUUGGAUAACCACUGAAUGUAUAGGUGGCGGGAAUGCUCAGAAAAGCAGAUCUACUGAUUCCAAUAAUAACUCGCAAUAUUUUAUUCCAUGGGCAUGUGUUGCUGCAUAUUUGAAUUCUGUUAAGCUUGAUACAAAUUCAAGUCACAUUUCAGCAAUGCAGGAUGAUCAGUUAGUCUCUCCUGAUUUAUUUCAAGUUGUCAGUUCUCCUACCCAUGCAUGGGAUGUUUUUGAAGGACAUGCAUUCUGCUUCUUACCCUUACCAAUUAGCACUGGCCUUCCUGUGCAUGUAAAUGCCUACUUUGAAUUAUCAUCAAAUCGCAGGGACAUCUGGUUUGGUUCAGAUAUGGCCGGGGGUGGAAGAAAACGUUCAGAGUGGAAUAUUUACCUCCUUGAUGAUGUUGUUGCGCCUGCAUAUGGCCGGUUGCUUGAGAAAGUAGCCUUGGAGAUUGGUCCAUGUGAUUUGUUCUUUUCAUUUUGGCCAAAGGUAAUAGGAUUAGAGCCUUGGGCAUCAGUAGUACGAAGACUUUACCAGUUUGUUGCAGAAUCUGGUAUCCGAGUAUUAUAUACAGAAGCUAGAGGAGGUCAGUGGAUUUCCUCCAAGUAUGCUAUAUUUCCUGAUUUUACCUUCCCCAAGGCAGUUGAGCUUAUACAAGCAUUAUCAGGUGCUUGUCUACCUGUGGUCACGGUUCCACAGUCACUUGUAGAAAGGUUUACAGAAAUAUGCCCAUCAUUGCAUUUUCUGUCACCUAAGUUCUUGAGGACAUUGUUAAUUAGAAGGAAACGGGAAUUCAAGGACAGGAACGCAAUGAUAUUGACUCUUGAAUAUUGCUUACUUGAUUUGCAAAUGUCUAUGCAGUUUGAUACUUUUUUUGGUCUGCCCUUGCUGCCACUUGCAGAUGGUUCCUUUACAACAAUUGAUAAGAAGGGGGUUGGAGAAAGAGUGUACAUUGCACGGGGUGAUGAGUAUGGCCUUCUCAAGGAUUUUGUUCCCCAUCAACUUGUAGACUUUGAAAUUCCCAAAGAAGUUCACAAAAAACUUUGUUACAUUGCCCAAAGUGAAAGCACAAAUGUUUCCUUUUUAUCAUGCCAAUUACUUGAGAAGCUUCUGGUGAAAUUACUCCCCAUACAGUGGCAGCAUGCAAGACAAGUUAGUUGGACUCCUGGUGUUCAUGGUCACCCAAGUUUAGAAUGGUUGCAACUACUGUGGAACUAUCUGAAAUCGUAUUGUGAUGACCUCUCUGUGUUUUGUAAGUGGCCUAUAUUACCUGUUGGAAACAAUUGUCUGAUGCAGUUGACUCCGAACUUGAAUGUGAUAAAAAAUGAUGGAUGGAGUGAGAAGAUGUCUUCUUUGUUAUUGAAGGUUGGGUGCUUAUUCUUGAGACAUGAUCUGCAACUAGAUCACCCGCAGCUGGAAUACUUUGUUCAGCCACCGACAGCAAGAGGUGUACUAAAUGUGUUUUUGGCAAUUGCUGGGGAGCCUCAGAAAGUUGAGGGGAUCUUUGCAAAUGCAUCGGAAGGAGAGCUUCAUGAACUUCGGAGUUUUGUUCUCCAGUCUAAGUGGUUCUCAGAGGGGCAAAUGGAUGACAAACAUAUUGAAAUCAUCAAGCACCUACCAGUAUUUGAGUCAUACAAAAGCAGAAAACUAGUAAAUUUGAGUAAUCCUAUGAAAUGGCUUGGCCCCAGUGGUGUCCGUGAAGAUCUUUUGAGUGAUAGCUUCAUAAGAACUGAAUCUGAAAUGGAAAGAGUCAUUAUGGGAAAAUCUAUAGAGAUAAAAGAACCAACCAAGGUGGAAUUCUACAAAUAUCACAUUUUCAACCACAUGUCAGAGUUUAUUCUGAAGGAAGAAGCUGUGUCAGCCAUUCUACAUGAUGUGCAGAAUUUGCUUCAAGAGGAUAUCUCGAUGAAGUCUGUGCUUUCGUCUUCAUCAUUUGUUCUGGCAGCCAAUGGAUCUUGGCAGCAGCCCUCCAGGCUUUAUGAUCCUCGGGUUCCACUGCUACAAAAGAUGCUGCAUGGAAAUUCAUUCUUUCCCUCUGAAAAAUUCUCAGAUCCUGCAAUUCUGGAUAUUUUAGUGAAUCUUGGACUUAGGAGAACUCUGGGGUUUACUGGUUUGCUUGAUUGCGCUAGAUCAAUCUCUCUAUUGCAUGAUUUGGGGGAUGCUGAGGCAUUGCAGUAUGGAAGAGAGUUAUUGAUUUUUUUAGAUUCAAUAUCACUGAAGCUUUCAAGUAAAGCUGAAAAUAAUUAUGGUCAUCCACAAAGCGACGUUUCUUUGAGAAAAAAUAGCAUGAUGGAUGGUCCUGUUAUGUACGAUAGCUUUCAUAAAACAGAUGAGAACUUCCAAACAGUUGAUAAUGAAAUUGAUUCAUUUGUAAGCAGCUUGAUUGAUGAUAUUUCAGAAGAAGAAUUUUGGUCUGAAAUGAAGGUAAUAUCUUGGUGCCCAAUAAUGUCUGAUUCACCUGUUUUGGGACUUCCAUGGUUAAAUUCCAGUAAUAAAGUGGUAUCCCCCUCAAUUGUUAGACCUAAAUCACAGACGUGGAUGGUAUCAUCCUCGAUGCAUAUAUUAGAUGGUGAUUGCCACUUGCCAUAUCUGCAAGCAAAGCUGGGUUGGAUGGAUUGCCCAGAAGUGGGUGUUUUGUCAAGACAAUUAAUUGAACUAUCUAAAUCCCAUAGGCAGCUUAAGAUUGAUUCAUUGCUGGAACCUGAUUUUGAUGUACAGUUGCAAAAGGAAAUACCGUCCCUUUAUUCAAGGUUGCAAGAAUAUAUAAAUACUGAUGACUUUGUUGAACUGGAAGCAGAAUUGGAUGAUAUUCCAUGGGUCUGGAUUGGAGAUGAAUUUGUCUCACCAAAUGCACUUGCAUUUGACUCGCCUGUAAAAUUCACUCCAUAUUUAUAUGUUGUUCCAUCUGAACUAUCAGAAUAUAAAGAUUUGCUGAUAAAACUGGGUGUCAGACUGAGUUUUGGUAUUAGGGACUAUCUUCAUGUAUUACAACGGCUGCAGAACGAUGUAAAAGGGGUUCCUCUUUCAUUAGAUCAGUUAAAUUUUGUCCAUCGUGUCCUUGAAGCCAUAGUAGAAUGUUGCUCGGAGAAGCCACUUAUUGAGCCGUUUGACAGUCCAUUGUUGAUUCCAGAUGCUCAUGGACUUCUGAUGCCUUCGGGGGAUCUUGUUUAUAAUGAUGCACCUUGGCUGGAAAAUAAUUCUCUCGUUGGAAAACAUUUUAUACAUCCCAGUAUCAGCAAUGAUUUGGCUAGCAGGCUGGGCAUACUGUCUAUUCGAUGCCUUUCUUUAGUCAGUGAAGAUAUGACCGAAGACAUGCCGUGCAUGGACUAUGAUAAAGUAAAUGAGCUGUUGGCCUUGUAUGGAAAUGAGGAGUUUUUGUUGUUUGACCUUCUUGAGUUGGCAGAUUGUUGCAAAGCCAAGAAAUUGCAUCUGAUUUAUGAUAAGAGGGAACAUCCCUGCCAGUCUUUGCUGCAACACAACUUAGGGGAAUUCCAAGGGCCUGCUCUUGUAGCAAUCUUUGAAGGAGCCUGCUUGAGCAGAGAUGAAAUUAGUAACCUCCAGCUCCUUCCUCCAUGGAGAAUACGGGGCAACACACUUAAUUAUGGUUUAGGGUUGGUUUGUUGCUAUUCCAUAUGCGUCCUCCUCUCAAUCAUAUCUGGUGGCUACUUUUACAUGUUUGAUCCUCGUGGUUUGUCACUUGCUGCACCUUCGACAUCUCUCCCUUCAGCUAAAAUGUUUUCCUUAAUAGGUACUGACCUCACACGACGAUUUAGUGAUCAGUUUAGUCCAAUGCUCAUCAAUGAGAAUGAAUUAUGGUCAUCAUCAGAUUCUACCAUCAUCCGAAUGCCUCUAUCAUCUGAAUGUCUGAAGAAUGGAUCCAACCUGGGAUCAAACAGGUUAAGGCAAAUCAUUGACAAAUUUAUAGAGCAUGGAUCAAGAGCACUUCUUCUUUUGAAGUCAGUUUUGCAGGUAUCAAUACUGACAUGGGAAGAUGGAAGUUCACGUCCAUGCCAGAAUUAUUCAGUUUGCAUUGACUCAUCAUCUGCUCUUAUGAGAAAUCCUUUUUCUGAAAAUAAAUGGAGGAAGUUCCAAAUAUCACGAUUAUUUAGCAGCUCUAAUGCUGCUAUUAAGAUGCAUAUAAUAGAUGUGACUUCAUAUUCUGAAGGAGUUACAACCAUCGAUCGGUGGCUUCUUGUACUCUGCCUGGGUUCUGGACAAACAAGAAAUAUGGCUCUUGAUAGGCGAUAUCUUGCCUAUAACUUGACUCCUGUUGCUGGAAUUGCUGCACUUAUAUCAAGAAAUGGCCAUCACUCCAAUCCUUUCUCCUUGAGCUCCAUUAUGUCUCCUCUUCCUUUGUCUGGUUGUAUAAACAUGCCUGUUACGGUCCUAGGGUGUUUCCUUGUAUGUCACAACAGAGGUCGUUUCCUCUUUAAGUAUCAAGACAGGGAAACAUUAGCUGAUGUACAUGUCGAUGCUGGAAAUCAGUUGGUUGAAUCUUGGAACAGAGAGCUGAUGUCCUGUGUUUGUGACUCCUACGUUGAGAUGGUUUUAGAAAUGCAGAAGUUAAGAAAAGAUGUUCCGAGUUCUUUUAUUGACUCCAGUGCCUAUCCUGCAAUCAAUCUCUCUAUGAAGGCUUAUGGAGAUCAGAUCUAUUCCUUCUGGCCAUGUUCUAAGGCUGGUGUUCUGAGUGAUCAACCUAGUGAUUGCAGCACGACUCCUGCAAGUUCAGCAGCCAUUCUCAAAGCAGAUUGGGAAUGCCUUAAAGAACGGGUGAUGCAUCCGUUUUAUUCCCGUAUUGUUGACCUUCCAGUAUGGCAACUAUAUUCAGGAAAUUUAGUCAAGGCUGAAGAAGGUAUGUUCCUUUCACAACCUGGGAAUGGGAUGAUUGGUAGUAUACUUCCGGCUACAGUUUGUAGCUUUGUAAAAGAGCAUUAUCCUGUAUUUUCAGUACCAUGGGAAUUGGUAAGUGAAAUCCGAGCUGUGGGUUUUCCUGUUCGUGAAAUUAGACCUAAAAUGGUUCGUGAUCUCCUAAAAAUUACUUCAACAUCAAUUGUGUUACGGUCAGUUGACAUGUAUAUAGAUGUUCUUGAAUACUGCUUGUCAGAUUCUCUGCAAACCGAUGAUGUCACAAUCGGUUCCAGACAAACUGAUGUCAGAAGCAGUUCUCAUCCAGAGUCUAAUAUGCCUAACUCCUUUAGCUCUGCCACCCAAGGUGCAGCCAGCUCAGGAGAUGCACUUGAAAUGAUGACAAGUUUAGGGAAGGCUUUAUUUGAUUUUGGGCGGGGUGUUGUUGAAGAUAUUGGUAGAGCAGGAGGACCCCUGGUUCACAAGAACGCUGUGACAGGAGACGGUCAAAAUAGGGACCAGAAAAUUAUAUCCAUUGUUACAGAGCUCAAAGGUUUACCAUGUCCAACUGCUACUAACCAUCUGAUAAAAUUGGGCUUUACUGAACUUUGGGUUGGGAAUAAGGAGCAGCAAUCAUUGAUGGUUCCCUUGGGAGCAAAGUUUAUGCAUCCUAAACUAUUAGACAAACCAAUAUUCGGCGAACUUUUCUCUAAUCUCACUAUCCAGGCACUUCUGAAGUUACAGAAUUUCUCUCUUCACCUUCUGGCCCAUCAUAUGAAGCUAAUUUUCCACAAAGAUUGGGUGAAUCAUGUAACAGGAUCAAAUAUGGUUCCAUGGCUUUCAUGGAAGAAACUACCAUGUUCUGUGGAUCAAGGCGGUCCUUCCCCUGAAUGGAUUAGAACAUUCUGGAAAACUUUAAGUGGUUCACAAGAAGAUUUAUCUCUUUUUUCAAGUUGGCCCUUAAUUCCUGCCUUUCUCGGUAGGCCAGUUUUAUGCCGGGUAAGGGAGCGACAACUGGUCUUCAUUCCACCCUUGGAACAUCCACCAUUGACAAGUGGUGUUUUAGAAAGAGAAGCAGCCGUCAGUUAUCUGGGUGAAGCAUCUGAUGGUAAUACUGUUGAAGCUCAGUUAAUUGAAUCCUACACUUCUGCUUUUGAAAGAUCCAAAACUAGGUAUCCUUGGUUAUUUCCUUGGUUAAACCAGUGUAAUAUACCCAUAUUUGACGUAGCAUUCAUGGACUGUGCUGCUUCAUGCAAUUGUUUUCCUAUGCCUGGUCAAUCACUUGGCCAAGUUAUUGCAUCCAAACUCGUGGCAGUUAAGCAAGCUGGAUAUCUCUCUGAACCUACUAAUCUUUCCACUUCAUGUUGUGAUGAUCUUUUUUCCCUUUUUUCUAGUGAGUUCUCAAAUGGUUCCAGCUUUACUCGAGAAGAAAUUGAGGUUUUACGUUCUCUGCCUAUAUAUAAAACAGUUGUUGGAUCUUAUACUAAGUUGCAGGGUCAAGAUCAAUGUAUAAUCCCUUCACAUUCGUUUCUUAAACCAUAUGAUGAGCAUUGUCUUGCUUAUGCCACAGAUUCAAUUGAAAGUUCAUUUCUUCUAGCCCUUGGGGUGCUGGAGUUGCAUGACAAACAGAUCUUAGUACGCUUUGGCUUGCCUGGCUUUGACAGGAAACCUCAAAAUGAGCAGGAGAGCAUAUUGUUACAUCUUUAUACGAAUUGGCAUGAUCUUCAAGCCAAUCAGUCAGUUGUUGAAACUUUAAUGGAAACUAAAUUUGUGCAAAAUUCAGAUGAAUUUUCAACAGAUCUCCUAAAACCCAAAGACCUUUUUGAUCCUGGUGAUGCUCUGUUGAUCUCUAUUUUCUCUGGUGAGAGAACGAAAUUUCCAGGAGAAAGGUUUAGUACAGAUGGGUGGCUUCGAAUAUUAAGGAAACUUGGCCUUCGAACUGCUAUUGAAGUAGAUGUAAUACUUGAUUGUGCUAGAAGAGUUGAGUUUCUUGGAAAUGAGUGCUUGAAAUCAAGUGAUAUGGAUGAUUUUGAAUCAGACUCGAGCAAUACAAAUAAGGAAGUUUCAAGGGAAGUCUGGAUGCUGGCAGGAUCUGUUAUUGAAUUUAUUUCCUCAAACUUUGCUCGCUAUUUUAGCAACAACUUCUGUGACAUUCUUGGCAGGAUUGCAUGUGUACCUGCUGAGCUGGGGUUUCCAAGUGUCCAUUGCAAGAGGGUACUUGCUUCAUAUAGUGAAGCUAUUUUGUCUAAAGAUUGGCCUCUUGCUUGGAGUUGUGCUCCCAUUCUUUCUAGACCACAGAUUGUUCUUCCAGAGUAUUCUUGGGGAGCUCUCCAUUUAAGGAGUCCUCCGCCCUUUUCCAUGGUUUUAAAGCACCUGAAGGAAAUUGGGAAAAAUGGAGGUGAAGAUACCCUAGCUCACUGGCCCAUUGCAUCAGGAAUGAACAUUGAGCAAUGUACUUGUCAGAUCUUGAAAUAUCUAGAGAAACUUUGGGGUUCCCUUUCUUCCUCAGAUCUAUUGGAGCUACAGAAAGUGGCAUUUCUGCCUGUUGCAAAUGGAACACGCCUGGUGACUGCUAGUGCUCUUUUUGUGCGUUUGAUUAUCAAUUUAUCUCCAUUUGCUUUUGAGCUCCCUACAGUAUAUCUACCAUUUGUGAAGAUUUUAAAAGAUUUGGGUCUUCAGGAGACACUGACCCUUUCUUCUGCAAUGGAUCUUCUCCUAAAUCUUCAGAAAGCUUGUGGAUAUCAGCAUUUAAAUCCAAAUGAGCUACGGGCUGUGAUGGAAAUUUUGAAUUUUAUAUGUGAUCAGAUUAUUGAGGGAAACACACUCGAUAGGUCUAACUGGAAAUCUGAAGCCAUAGUUCCUGAUGAUGGCUGCAGGCUUGUUCAUUCAACAUCAUGUGUCUAUAUUGAUUCCUGUGGUUCUCGAUACAUCAAAUGUAUUGAUAUUUCCAAGAUAAGAUUUGUCCACCCAGACCUCUCUGAGCAAGUAUGUAGUGUGCUGGGCAUUAAAAAGUUGUCCGAAGUUGUUCUAGAGGAACUUGAUGAGAAUGAGCAGUUGCAGACUUUAGAUUCUGUGGGGUGCGUUUCACUAGUGACUAUCAAACAGAAAUUAUCAAGCACUUCGCUUCAGGUUGCUGUAUGGACCAUUGUUAACAGCAUGGGCUGUUACAUUCCUGCGGUUAACAACUUAGCUUUGGAUACAAUACAAUCCUUACUCAAAUCAACUGCAGAAAAUCUGCAAUUUGUUGCAAAUCUUAAAACGAGGUUUUUGCUCUUGCCCAAGUUAGUUGAUAUUACUCGUGUUGGUAAAGACUUUAUCAUACCAGACUGGAAGGGUGAAUCUGUACAUCAGACUCUUUAUUUUGUGAAAAAAUCAAAAACCCGUAUUCUAAUUGCAGAACCACCAGCUUAUGUAUCGAUUUUUGAUCUCAUUGCCAUUGUUGUCAGCCAGGUUUUAGGCUCUCCUACUGUAUUGCCUAUUGGACCUUUAUUUGUUUGUCCUGAAGGAUCUGAGAUUUCAGUUGUUAAUGCUUUAAACCUGUGCUUUGACAAGAAAGAAGUUGAAUCCGGAAGGGGAAGCAGUAAUUUGGUGGGAAAAGAAAUAUUGCCUCAAGAUGCUCGUCUUAUUCAGUUCCAUCCGUUGAGGCCUUUUUAUUCAGGUGAAAUAGUGGCUUGGCGUUCUCAAAAUGGAGAGAAGCUAAAAUAUGGCAAAGUUCCUGAGGAUGUCAGACCAUCAGCAGGCCAAGCUUUAUACAGAUUUAAGAUUGAAAUUGCUCCAGGCGUUACCCAAGUUCUACUUUCUUCUCAAGUUUUUUCAUUUAAAAGUAUAGCAGCAAGCAGUCCUCUGUCAGAAACCUUGGUAGGUGAUAGCCUUGUAGUAAGCAGUAACAGGCCUCAUGUUGAGGUUUCAGAGAGUGCGCAAAGGGGCAGAAGCAUCUCUCAGCCAACGAGAGAAGUCCAGCAUGGCAAAGUUUCAGCCGUAGAACUGGUGCAGGCGGUUAAUGAGAUACUCUCUGCUGCUGGAAUGAAUAUUGAUGUGGAGAAGCAGGCUUUACUUCAGAGAACAAUAGCUUUGCAAGAAAAUCUCAGAGAAUCUCAAGCAGCACUCCUAUUGGAGCAGGAAAGGGUUGAAGCGGCGACAAAAGAGGCUGAUACAGCAAAGGCAGCAUGGCUGUGUCGGGUUUGUCUGACUGCUGAAGUUAAUAUCACAAUAGUGCCUUGCGGUCAUGUGCUUUGUCAUAGAUGCUGUUCUGCAGUAUCAAAGUGUCCAUUUUGUAGGCUCCAGGUUACUAAAACCAUUCGAAUUUUCCGACCAUAGCAUCUUUGCUGCUUAGCUCCUGUCUCCCGUGGGUUUAUUUGUUUCUGUCAUGUAAAUGAUUCGACGGAAACAAACCUGCAAUGUAUAGACUAUAAUGGGAAUAAAAUUUAUUUGGAAUACA